AUGGACCUUGACGUCAACAACAACGACUCCGUCGCCCGUCCUGCGGAUAUGAUGAAGAUAAUAAUCAUUUUGUUGUUAUUGGCCAUCACUCUGUCCGCUGCUCUGGCUGCUGGAUCAACUUGCCGGGGUAUAACAUUGUCUGGAGCAGGUGCAUUUGGAGCAUUUGAAGCAGGUGUAAUAUGGGGACUCCUCGACAAACGUGCUACCAGUGACGUUGAAUGGCAGUUUGCAACUGGUGUCAGCGCAGGCUCAUUGAACGCGGCUAUAAUGUCAAUGUUUUCAGUUGGCGAUGAAAGUGCUGCAUCGCAAUACUUGAACAACCUCUGGUUGGGCAUCACUCAAGAACAAGUCUUUGUCGAGUGGCCUGGUGGUGUAGUCGAUGGUCUCCUCCUUCAAAAGGGUAUCUUCAAUGACGCCCCACUCAACAAGUACCUCCACGCCCACGUUAACCAAACCAUGAUCAACCAAUCCACCCGUGGCCUCCAAUUCGGCGCCACCAACAUAGACACUGGCAACUUCGACCUCUUCAACAAAUCAGCCUCAGACAUUGCUCUUGCUCUCCAGGCAUCUUGCUCGAUCCCAGGCAUAUGGCCACCAACGGUCAUUGACGAUGUAGUGUACCAGGAUGGCGGCGUCACUUAUAUGACACCAGUAACAGACACUGCUCGCCUCUGCUAUGACACUGGCGCCACUGAGGUCAUAUUGGACGUGAUCAUGAUUGGAUACAUGGAGGAUGAUGUCAAUAUGGCCGAUGCCAAGACCAUCGACCUGCUGAUGCGCACUCUCCACAUUAUCAAGACCAACUGGUACUACAAGGACAUCUUCACCACCUUCCAGGCAUUCCCAGAUGUCGUCAUCAAUGUAUACUAUCCCACUGGACCAUUCCCAGGCAAUGUCCUCUCAUUCUCCUACUCAGCUCCUCUACUCAAGAUUGGCUAUGACACUGCCAUGAAUGAGAGUACAACAUUUGGACUGACCAAGAACAACUUCGAGUCUGCAUUGAACAAGGCCUUCCCAUUCGGACUAAACUUGUAA